AUUUGAGAUGAUGAGUUUCUUUUCUUCACCGUCGGUUUAGCCUUUCGGAGGUUUAUCAGAAAUGGACGGUUCUCACCUUUUCAUCACUUUUUCUUCGUUUUGUUCUUAUCUAGAGGCGUUGACUUGAAGUCGUCGUUUGUUUUUUUUGAAUCUUUGUUCCAUUCCCUAAGCAAGUUUUUUGAAAGAUUCAAUCAAUUGUUUGGAAUGGAAAGUAGUGUGUAGUACAAAUUUCGGGUAAUCAAGUAGAGAGGCAGCUUUAUUCUUGUAAUCUAGUUUGAUGGUGAAAAGAAAGCAGCAGCCUCCUCCAGAAAUGGAGGGUACUGGUGGCGCUGAAGCGGCGGUGGAGGCUGAGACCGGAAUCCAACCCAAACGAGGGUGUACCAAAUCUCUGAAAACGCGAGCUCAGAUGGAUAAACAUAACGAGAGCUGUAAACGAUAUCGACUGAAAAUUAAAAUGAGGCGUGAGGAGAAGGAACAAGAGAUCCCAAAGUUGAAGGAUGAACACCAGAAGACGAAAAUGGAGCUAGAGGAAUACAAGUCUAAAAUUGGGGUUAUGGGAAAUGAGAUCCAACAACUUAAGAGAAAGCUUGAGGCACAGGGGCAAAUGCUUACUUCUUUGGAAAAGGUGGUAGAAUGGUUUGCGUUGCAGACCAAUGUGCAAGUCGGUCAAGUUUUAGCAACUAUGGGAGCUGUUUUACGAAGUGUUAAUGAAUUAGUGAGUUCGGGAGAGACAGGGGCGACAUACUUUCAACCUUCCAUGGCUGGUUUUCUUCAGCAAACAUGCUUUGACCAGGACUACAACAUUAUGGCCCCUGCUGCUGCUGCUGGUUUUGCAAAUCAUAACUUGAGCUUUGUGUUUGAUGCCCCUAAUAGUCUGGGUAAUAAAACAGGAGACUGGACUGAUUCUGCUACUGCAAAUUAUAACCUGCCUGAGUAUGGUGCUACGAACAAUCAUGAUAACAUUUUCAACAAUGUCGUUGGUGCUGGACUUCUUCCUACUGGUUCCUCCUUGGAGGCAAAUCCUGAAGCGUCCUUCAUGUUUGAUGCUGCAAAUAAUCAUGAGAAUGAUGGUGAUCUUUUACCGCAUGGCCACGCUACAGGAUUUCAACUUUGUGAAAAUCCAUCUUCAGAGGCAGUUUGGAAAUCCUCUCCAUAAAACUCCACAGCUCAAGCAGAGCAUUACUUGGCCAUUUAUGUCGUCUUAUUUUUAUCAUAUUAUCGUGAUUGUGCUUCCCCCAAUGUUUCGAUUGUUGCUGCAAGUUUUUAUGAUGAACAUGUGUAUUGAUUUAUCUAAAGUUUGAAUAUGCAUGGUACUAUCAAAACAUCUUUGUCUUUGUUGACCUAAACCAGCUGCUAAACUGUAAGAAACAUAUUAUGAUCAUAAGUGAUAGCGAAAGUAGAUAUUGAUGUAAUAAUUGCGUAAACCGCAAUGAAAAUAGGGGAAAAUAAAUUGUUUACUUAA